AACUUUUACACGUCAAUCCCUUAAAUAACUAGAUGACACCGUAUGUAUAGUGUGUAUGCGCAGUGUCAGUACUAAAUAACAAAUGGUUUUAAGUCGUAACUAAUGUUUCACUCAGUUAAGUGACACAGUUCGCCGCUAGUUUUCUAUAAUUUUACUAAUAGUUAUAGUGUGCAAUUCUAUCCUACUGCAUUGAAAAGUAAACAUUAUCAUGGAACAAUAAAAUACAUUUUGCAUUGCAGGAUCUUUUAUGUAAUAUAAUAGAGGACAAACAGUUAACAAAAAACAACUAAUUAAAAAAAUAAGCAACAUUGAUUACAAAUUGCUUUGAUAAAGCUGGAAUAAUGAGCGCAAAAACAUUUCAGUUGCAAACUAGUUACUAAACACACAGCAGAGUACAAAUAAAAUCAAAAUUUUGACAAAAUAAUAUGUUGUUAUCGGAAAUUUUUAUGUUCUCGGGAACUGUACAGUCUAUAGUGUGUGUAGUGUUGUUGGUUACAACAUGGUGUUUACUACCACAAUGGCGAACUCUACAGAACUUUAUAAGUGUAAACCAAGUGAUAACUGGCACUCUUUUCAUUUUCAUUUUAACUUCAUUGCAAUUUACAGAUAUGCCAUAUGAGAUGAUGCCUCUUACGCAUUAUAUUUUAAUAACAUCAGUAUGCUGGUCUGUGUCUUCUUCACUUCUUGCUUAUCUAAGACUUGUGCUCGUCUAUGUUGGAAAAAUAAGCUGUGAGAAGAGGAAAGCUGUUAUUUUUGCCUAUGGUAAUGCCGGUAUUAUUUUAGGAAUCAGCCUUGUCAUCGUUCCCAACUUAUUGUUCGAAAAUUAUUCAUUUUUUGAUCACUUUCUUAAAAUUUUACUUGCCAUACACAUAUACAUGCUGGUUUUGAACUUCAUCAUCUUCAUUAGAAUAGUUUUUUCUGUACUGUCAUGUUGUAAAACUAAGAAAAUGUCAAAAAGAAAAAUUAAGCAUGUUGCAUCGUUGAUUGGUGUUGCAUUUAUUUGUGAUUCUUUAUUAAUUCUAAUUCCUGUUCUUUUAUUUUUCUCGAUUAGUAAUGUAAUUUAUUAUUUAGUGGUGUUUUUUAUUUGUCAUCGAUUAGUUUUCCAAACUAUGUUCGUUUUAUUUAGACGAUCGACUAGAUUACACUGGAAACUUUACAUAAAUAAAAGAAAGAGAAGAAAGUUAAAUCAUGAUUUUCUUGCUUUAAGAGAUAAAUUGUAAUUAAUAGAUAUUAUACUCGUAAUUAAAAAACAUGA